AAAUUACUGUUACUGUGGAUUGGUAUAUCAAUAUUUGUUUGCCAAAAGUCAUCACCGAGCUUCGAAAAGUCAGCCCCGAAAGAAGAAUCAUCCUCCACCAAGACAAUGCACACAGCCCAUAAAACAAAGCAGUAUUUAACGGAAGAAAACGUGGAAUUAUUGGACCAUCCUCCAUAUAGUCCCGAUCUAAGUCCUAUCGAUUUCUUUACUUCCCCGAAAAUUAAAAACAGACUGCGUGGUCAGAGGUUCCAGUCACCAGAAGAAGGAGUUGACGCAUUCAACAAUGCCGUUUUAUAG